CUCUCUCUAACCUACACCCUUCUAUCCUCCUGCCUACGGCGUACUUAAUCCUCUUCAAAGAAACCACCCUCGUCGCUAUCAUCGUCGUCACUCUUGACGACUGGCUGUGCAGCCUGACGCUCUUGUAAUCUGCGUUCUCUGCGGUUCUUCGGAGCAGCAACAGCUUUCCCCUUGACCUUGGCGAAAGGUGCAGGCUUUUCCUUCGUGGCCUGUGGUUUUGGCUGCGCCUUGAGAGCCCCAUUUGUGGUCGUUGCCUUGGGCUUUUUCUGGCGGUGCUCUGACUGUGCUUCCUGUGUAAGCUCAGUUGGCCGUCUCUCUCUUAAAUUUCGCAGCGCGUGGGGGCCACCCUUCAUCGCCUGUUCAAUAUCCGACCAGAUUGGCGGUCGCUCUGUAUGCAGUAGACCCCUAUGCUUGAGUGGUGUGUAGUCAAGCUUGUCGUCGUCUUUAUCUUCCUCUUCCUUCUCUGGCUUGGCGCUGGUGUACAGGCUGAUGUAGGGUUCGGCAUGGGGAAAGUGUUGUGUGUACGCCUCGUCUACUUCGGCGACGUGCAAGUCACGCUUCAAUGCCUCGAUCUCGUCCGUUUCUGUAGAUUCGGUCUCUUCAAUCUUUUUGCGCAACUGUUUUGCUAAUCGCGAUGCCUUCUUUCGUUCUGAGUCGCGCCAUGUUAGCAUUCUUUCCGAGCGGAGAAUGACGCCCAGAGAAGAUCUUACCAAAGAAGCGAACCAUGUGAUAUUUUGAUAUCAUAGCACUUCGUAGCUUCUGGAAGCUCUUGUCUGAGACUGUCGCCUUGAGAGCGCCCAGCUCUCGUUCGAGAUCAUUGCGCACGUUGGCGGGAAGUUCUUGGUUUCGGUUCAGGAGUCGCUCGAUAGUGCGCGUUCGCUUCUUGGCCCAUGUUGAAGUUCCCUCGUUCGGUCGAUGCUUUGACUUGCUCGACUUGUGCUUCUUUGCACCAUUGAAUGAUGGACGAUUGCGAGGCUCAGGAGACCCAAUCUCUGAAUAUUCUCUCUUUUGCCCCAUGGUGACGAUAUAUGGCUCGUGCGAGGACUAUGAAAGGAAAAAGAAGUGGGAUUGCGAAGAGAAUGUUCAAAAGAGAUUCCAGGUAAAGGUUGAAUAAUCCUAAAUAGUUCCAUACAAGAUGGUUAACUUUUUUUUCCCUAUACCAGCGGGGACUUGCGGCGGUAUCUUAUCAGGCACGUCUCAAUUCGGGGUAGCGUCGGACGCUCGGGCUUGUGGGGAAGGUGCUCUGUGUUCCUGAGAGGCAGGGAGGUUCAUCAUCUAAGCUCGACACCAUCGAAUCCAAUACCAAUCACUAUCUUCUUAAUAUAUCGAGAGCCUUUUCUUUUGAUGUCUAUAGCGUCGAAAGUUGGAAAAAUGUUCUAAUAUCGAGAAAGUUCUCUGUAAAUUUUAUUAUCAAGCCAUUCUCAAGACUCUGGCACGGAACUUUGCCGUUCGACUCAUCGCCAGAAAUCAUCUCCAAGCUACAGUCGCCGCCAACCUCUUUUCUUGAAGAUUCAUUCAAGACAAACUCAACUACCAGGAGAUUUAACCACAAACUGAUGCUUGUAUAAAAAGCCCGCCACUGGGCUAAUUCUCCUUCAUCAUGGAUCGCCCUGAACCUGGGCUCGUUAAAUGGUCGUCCAACCCUUCAUAUGAUAACUUCAUUCAUAUCAACCUUCAGCACCGCGUUGUUCAGGUCUACGAACCAACUGGUCACGCGAGAGCUGGAAAAUUCGACUAUCAGAAACUCACCCGUCACGAUGACUUUCCUCCCCUCACAACCUACGAUUGGUCGCCAACCAAUCCCGGUCUUCUUGCCGUUGGUACCGGUAGUGGCAUUGUGAAUUUGCUCAGGAUUGACGAUGGAUCUAAUGCGUACGUGGAGCUGGGCCUCAAGAUGUCUCGUACUUGUCAAGCCGUCGCGUUCAACACAACCGGAUUGUUAGCAGUUGGCCUGGACAGAGUGCGAAUGGAUCAAUGUCUUCACAUCUGGGAUGUCAGUCGAUUGUCUUCAAUAGACAAGAACACAAAAGGCUUUCCUUCGGAUGCAACUAAUAUUGCUGAACCGAAAACCCGUCUUGAGCCUAGUGUCUCUGUGUCAAGCAUCAAAUUCUUCGAAGACAGCCCCCAAACUCUUGUUGUUGGCAUUAAGGCUCAGGGUCUUCGAAUACAUGACCUUCGAGACCCUUCAAGCAUUGUUACAUUUCAGACAAAGUGCAACAACAAUCUUACGAUCGACUAUGCUGAUCAGAAUUAUUUUGCUUCGUCUGCCCUGGACCAUCCUGGAGUAAUGAUCUGGGACCGUCGAGCGACAUCUCGACCUGUGGCUUCUCAUGCAUACAUGCAAGCAAUUGAGGAGGAUGAACUCCCGUGGGGUGGAGCAUUGCGUCUUGACCGAGUCAUCGAGACUGAUUCUGACCCUUUCUUGGCUGAGGGAAAGUAUUCCCUUGUUCGAUCACUUCGAUAUUGUCGUGAUCAUCGUGGCUUGCUUGCUGUGCUAUCUCGUACGGGACAACUCAAGGUCUUGAACACCAAUAAAGAGGCCCCAUCCUCUGGGUCUAGCAACCCGGAACUUCUCCAAGUUCAAAAGUCUUAUGAGAUGGACGUCUCAUAUGUCGAAACAUCAAGGAAGAAUGAUCGAAUUGUUGCUUUUGACUGGGUAACAUUGAGCUCACCCGUCCUUCGUCCACGGCUCCUUGUUCUACGAGCCAAUGGGAACUUUGAAAUCCUCGAACAACCAUCGCAAACAUCAGAUCAUGUUUACAAACUUGUACCAUGGAAAGCACCGCAUCGCGGUCUCGAAGAGGGCGCCCCAUACCACAGCAUGAUGCAAUUUGAACCAUCCCAAGCUCCUGAUAUGUUAGGGCCUCUUCUUAUCGAAGAAGCUUUGUCAGAAGUGCCAUUAUUCGGACCAGAGAGUGCAAAUGUUCGGGCAGAUACGGAGGCCUUACUAAAGGCAAAUAACAUGACUUCAGUGGUUAUAGAGGACAUUGGGGCAACCACGAGGCCACUGCCUGAGGCCUUUCACAAAGCUUCUACCGUCGCAGCUAAGAUAAGAGCCUUGCGCGCCUUCGUAAGAGAUGAGUUUCAAGCUCCAAAGGGUAUAAAGCCACGUGUUGGUGAUACAAAGAUCGUCGAAAGCGAGACCAGUGAGAUGUCCCUAGCUUCCGAUAGCUUGGGCUCAUGCCGGGAAAUCCAUGAUGCAUUGUUGGCUUCACUAGCUGAGGCUGAAGGUCUCCCCCGAGAAGCACAGAACGUACUUGAUCACAAUAUGUUGUUACGUGCUAAAGAGAAAUACCUAUUCGACGCAGUAGCAAACAGAGACAUUGUGGCAGACGAUCCGUGGGUAAAAUAUAUAUGGGACUGGGUGGCGACUGCUGAAGAUAAUGCUGAUGACGGAGGCAUGAUACUCUCAAACAUUGACCUCAGCUACGUUGGAGUUCACUCAAUAUGGACAAAUAAUCUUGGCCGUGAUCCUUCUACUCGACUACCUCCUGGCGCAACACCUCCUGAUCGCACAACAUGGGAACGUACCAUCGCAAGCUUCUGCAAAAAGAAUCAUCUUCCCAAGUUCAACGGAGCAGAUACCAAGUGGCCAGCGCAUCGUCAGCUAUGCCUCGAAAUAUGCGGUUGGGGUGAUUCUGAAAAGCAUGAUCCAAAAGGCCGCAAUCGAAAGGCAGAUCCUGAGUACCCCACCACCAUUCAUACCAUGGCCGCUGCUCGUGCUUUAUUUACAGGGGAUCAUAAGGAAGCCAUACAGAUCCUUAAGAAAGCCAGCACUGCGCACCCUGAACUCUUGUUUGUAUCUUUGGCCCUACAGCUUAUGGGUAGCGGCGACAGCACGCCUGCCAAGAACAAGGAACAGCUUGAUUUUGAUGAAGCUGUUGCUUCCAAAACCGACCCUUACCUCCGAGCCAUAUCAUCACUGAUUGCUACAGGUGACUGGACGGCUAUAGCCAGCCAGCUAUCUCUUCCCCUUUCUGACCGAGUUUACGUUGCAAUCCGCAACUUUGACGAUGACCAGCUCACACAGUGGCUCAACGAGCAAAUCAUUUUGGCGAUAGCAGACGGAGAUAUAGAAGGCAUCGUCCUCACAGGUAUCACAGAACCCAUGGUUGAUAUUUUUGCCCGCUAUAUCCAAAAGUUUCAUGACGUUCAGACAGCGACCCUCGUGCUGUCCAUUUGUGCACCAAGAUACAUAGACGACAUUCGCUGUCGAGCCUGGCGCAACACUUACCGGGCCCAUCUUCAGCGUCAUAAACUCUUCUUCCAGCGCACAAAGUUUGAUGUCGAGUCAACGAAGCGAUCGAAACGGGACGGCAUCCCCAAAUUGAAACCACCUUCCCGCCAAAUUGCCCUCCGCUGUGUUUUCUGCGACGCUGAGACAUCACUCGCGAACAAUGCCAACCAGCCGCCGCAUCUUGGAGGUGCCUCUACUGCGCAAGCAGCAUCGGCUCUCGAGUCUCGAAAUCCACUUCUCGCAACGAGCAUCAAUGCGGGUGUGAGUUGUCCCAACUGCGGUCGACACCUCCCGCGUUGUGUAGUCUGUCUCGAGAUUGUGGGCGUCCCUCGUUCCGACAAGCCAGAAGAAAAGAGCGAGUCUAAGAUGGCUGGUCAAUUUCCUACGUUUUGUCUCCGCUGCGAACACGUUUUGCAUCUGGACCACGCCCGCCAGUGGUUUGCCAGACACGUUGAGUGCCCUGUACCUGAAUGCCGAUGUCGAUGUAACUUUAGGGCGAACCCUGAAUUGAGUUAUCGUUAGGAUGUUCAUGAUCUAGACAUUUAGAGUCAAAGGAGGUUUGCCCGUCGACCGGGCCAACCGAACUGGGAAUUAUCACCAAACAUCUCAUAUACUGGAUAAGAUCUGCCAUAUAUAUACAGUUGAAUAUGACGAGUAUGUCUAACUUGGAUUGCUUAUGGAGUUGAGGACAAAAUAUAUCCUUUAUCUUUCGCUUCUAUCCGCAGGUUUCGCAAAAUCAACAGCCAAAAAACAACUCCGUGUCCCAUUUACCCCCACGGUCCUCGAGAAUCCGGCCAUUGUAUCCUUCACGCCGGAGGUUCCAAAAAAGUGUUCGCCUGUCCUUCCCAGCAUUGCACCUAGUAUCCAAGUAGGUAUCGUAUGUUUCUUCUAUCUUCGUUCGGUCGCUCCGUGUCAAUCAUCUCUAACGCAUAUAAAACAAAGGGGAAAUGAGAAGGCUCCGACUUUCCCAAAGGGGUAUUGUAACCAAAUGAGUCACCAAGUGACGGGUGAAACGUUUCCUUUCCGUUGACAAGGCUUGAUAACGAUGUGUUGUUCGAAUGGGGCCCGAAUGAUAUUAGGUUUCAUUCUUCAACGGCAGCCUGGCACCAAGGAUGCUCCAGCACCUGGUUAAUAUCGUAGCGUUUAGCGACAUCUCGAUCCAGCAUGCAUCGAAUGAGGUCGAUACUCUCCUCGCUCAGAAUAUAGGGUAUUCGCAGGUCACGAUCCAUGAUCUCAUCAAUACUGUAGAAUGGAUUCUCCUUGUAGAUAAUGGUGUAGAGGAGAAUACCCAGUGCCCAAACGUCUUGCUCUGUGCCCCGAUAAGGCUUGCCAGCGAGAACUUCAGGAGCGGCGUAAUCUGGUAGCAAGUCAGCAAAUUAUGACAUGUUUCUAGGCGGGCUGC